AUGAUCGCCGACCUCCCCCCAUCCCGCCCGUCUAUCGCUCGCAGUACGACGACACUGUACGAUGGUAUGCUAACUUCGCGAGACCUCGCAGGCCUUCAAUCGUUCAAGAAGCUCCUUGACGAUAUCAUCGCUGAAGCCGAUGCCGACGCCGACGCCAGCCGUGACGUCCGGAAAGCCAACCUCGUCAUCUUGCAGCAAUACCUGGACGCUGUCAAACCCCGAGACGCUGGCGACGACGCUGUCUUUCUCGGCGACAUCAUGGACAUGUGGUCGUUUGCCGCUCAAGUCGGCGACCAUGGCGUCAUGUCCUCCGUCGCCGUCGUCCUAGCUCUGCUGUUGCGCGUCGUCUCCGAGUCUCUCCAUCUUGUCUCCCAUGGCCUUGGCCUUUGUCACACCCUUCUGCAGGAACGACAACUCAAGUCGCUGGUCAAGAACCUCACCUCCGAAAAGAGCAAGGCCUUCGUCAUCUCCCCCACCCUGCGUCUCCUACGAGAGGCCGUCAGCCUCGACGGUGGCGUCUGCGCAAGGAAGUUCUUUCGCGAAAGGGCCCACACCUUCGCCUCCCUCGGCAGGAAUCUUGAGCUCGGUCACGCCCCGGACGCAAGCCCCGAUGAUGGUCGGAAGGCAUCCGUCCGAACGAACGCCGUCCGCUUCUUCCUGACCUGCCUCAAAUACCUACACUCGCAAGGACGGAAGGAGCUGCUGGCUCAACGCGAGCACCUGUCCCAUCUGACCUAUAUGAUCAAGUCCGACCCGCCUUCUCUCGUCUUGGAGAUCAUCGAUGGCCUCAAAUCUCACCUCCUGAUGGACAUGAAGAUCCCCCGAGAGCUCAAGUUCAGGAACUUCAACACCAAAACCCUCCUCCGGUUCUUGGCCCUCUAUGGCUACACCUGCCCGGCUCACGGUGCGGACCAGAGAGAGACCGUCGUCGACAAGGUCCACCAGUUCCUCCUGUUUCUCUGCACAACACCCGCCGCCGGCGUGCUGUAUCCGUACAAAGGUCUUUACCCGAAGGAUGAUGGCGACGAUGGGCACCUGAAUGGCAGCAAAGCCCAGGGCGACCAUGAUGCGGAUGCGUCGCAGCGUCGAACCCGCGUGUUCAACUUUGUCUUGUCCGAGUUCGCUGCCAAACUUAGGCCAUGGUCCAGCCUGAAGCACAGCGAGCUUCUCGUCGCCAUCUUCACGGCUGCGCCCGAGCUCAUAGCCGACUACUUCUACAACAACCGCUCCUUCACCUUUGAGCCGAGGCUUUCCAUGACUUGGAUCGGCUACGCGUCCUUUCUCUUCAGCACCAUGACCAUACCGCUACCCCCUUCGUUCGGAGAUGCCACCCGCUGCGCCGCUGGCCCCCCUCCAACCUCGAUCGUCCUGGACACCAUCCUGCCGCCCGCCAUCAACGAAAAGGUGCUCGUCCGAUGCCUGUCGCCCAAAUCCAAUCUCACCUCCUUCUUCGCCACCAGAAUUCUCGUGGCCGCGCUGGAGAAGCUCGACGUAGCCGUCAAGAUGCUCCAUUCAAGCUCGUCGAGACAUCGAAACUCGCCAUGGUCCGAGGCUGCUCGGAAACUGCUGGACUCGUUCUGCCAACGAGCACCCGAUAUGAAGGAAAUCGUUCGCUGCUACAGGAGCAUCCCGCCCGAGAAUGCCUUGCACAAGGCUCUGGCGAGUCGCCUGCUGCGGCUUUACUACGAGGUGAUUCCUCGCGUCGCCCUCGCCGCCAACUUUGACGUCUCCGCCCUGCUCGUCGACACCCUCAAGGGGCUGUACCGCGACAGCCACGAGCCGGGCAUCAAGUCCUUGGCCGCAAUGGAGUUGGAAAGUCUUGUCCAUAUCGCCAGCUACUCUCCAGGCAUGAGGUGGUUCGUCAAGAUGGACGGCCUUGGGGAGUACACCUCGUUAUCCGCCUUCACUGCUCUUCUCCGCCUCCUGUCUGGUGACGGACGCGAUGCUCCUCAUCGUCAACUGAGAAGCAUCCUAUCCGACGUCGCCGUCGAGAACCAGCUUGUCUGUCCUUCCGUAGCUCUGAGGCCACUCCUCCGAGCGUUGCGAUGUGCCGUCAACGAUGCCGACGCGAAGGAGGCUGACACCAUCUGGAACUUUGUCGACAACUGCAUCAGCCGGUGCGCCAAUUCACCCAUCAAGUAUCUCGAUCAGCUGAUAUCCCACUCCCAUGCAGGCCAGGUCGACAUGCCACCCGAGGCCUGCCCGCCGUCUCUGUUGAGCUUUGCCUUUGCCGAGCAGAUCGGCUACGCGACGGGCACGACAGAAACGGUGGCAGUCCGUCCCCUCGCACGAUUCAUCUCGCUCUAUUUUAACGCCUGUCACAUCUGGGAAGGCGAGAGCCCACUUCUGCAACACCUGCAUCAAACAUUGCGCACUCAGUUGUCAUCCAAAAGCGCGAAGAUGGCACGGCUCGGUGAUGCCCGCGACCUUGAUGCUUUGAGAGCUGAUGACGACCCGAGCCUGGAUGUCGAUGGUGGAGCCGUCGCAAACGCAGCAGCCGGUUCGACUCCGGCGCUCAGUGAAUCCGACCUUCACGGCAUGCUUCACACCCCCUUUCCCGAAAGCGCCGAUGCCUCAGCACUGACCAAGUGGGCGUCCAUAAGUGUGGAUGAUCUGGUGGAGGAUGGGUGGGCGACGAGUCUCAUACGCCUCCUGUCUUCGCCUCACACCAGCAUCCGCAAAGAAUCCCUCACCAACAUCUUGAAAUUGGCGGCUCAGAUCAAGGAGUCCUCGCAAGAGGGACAUGCCCAAAUAUGGCUCCUCCUGUCGGAGCUGACCGAAUCGUGCAAGGUCCCGGUGGAGCAUGGCCCCGUCCCAUCGGCUUUCACGGCAUUUGCAAUCCAUGCCAUCCAGGUGUUGCGAGAGCCAUUGCAUCCCUUGUAUCCAAAGAUCAACUCCUUCUUGACUCGCAGCCCGGUCUGGUCACUGGAGAAGCUGCCACUGGCACACGACAUUCUUCACGGGGAACCUUCCGAGGACGACAAGUACUAUGCCGAAUUGACCUGGCUUCUCGCAUAUCUUCUCGACAGUCUUCAAACAGCCUUCGAUCUCGGCGUCUUUCAUAAAAAGAAAUGGUUCGAAAAGAUCCUCGGACUGGCCAGUAACCCGUUCCUUCGAGUCAACCUUCGAACGAGGAUACAAAAAAUAAUAUACCGCACCUCGUGCCUAGAUGAGGGGAGCACGACCCUUGCCACGAGAUUCGGCAUGUUCAGCUGGCUGGAUGCACAACAGGCAGCCUUUGGUCGGAUGGAGGAGGCCGCUGUAUACCAGGGUCUGACGAUGCGCCUUUGGGAGACGUGCGACCAGGAAACGGUUAUAAAAUGGAGCAACGGAGGUAUCAAAACCCUCAUUCAGGGGGGGCAGGUUUCAGAAGUGAAGCAAUUAGAAUAA